AAGGGAAAAAAGUUAAAGAAUUUAUUAAAAAAAAAUGAAAGUAGAAGAGCAAAAAUAGAACAAGAGUGAGUGAAAGAGAAGAACUAGACGGAGGAGAGUGAAAAGAGGCUGGUCAGUCUCCUGUGAAUGCUCAGAACCUGCCACCACCUUGUCUCUUCUUCUUAACUAAAUCUUAAACUCUCUAGACUCACCAGUCACCACCUUCCUCCAUUUUUGGAUUAAUUAACAAAGACAAAAUCCAAGUGAACCACACACUCUCUGUCAUGAGUCCUCCAUCCCACCUUCUUGUUCCUGUAAUGGUGGAGACUUUCUGUGUUUCCUUUACAUGGUACCCAUUUUUAUAACCUCAACUACUCCCUUUCUUUGUCCCUUUGUCUCCAUGUUCCUUUCUUGACCUUUUUUAGCUAGUUAGCUAGCUAGUUUCUUUAGUUUUCUUUCUUGCUAUUACUAGCAACUUCAUUGCAGAGAUAGCAACACAAAAAAUAAAGAGUACCAAUGUUGAGUUCUUAGCUUCUUGUUGAUUCUUGUUUUACUUUUAGAGGGAAGGGUGUGUUCAGCUGAGAGAGAAUCACCUUCUUAAGGUUGUUUGUUGAUUAUAGAUAAAAAUGGCUAAUGGAUCACCAAAGCACCACCAUCAGCUAGAAGCGAAGAGAAGGCGCCUAACUUGGAUUGUUGGGGUCAGUGGCCUUUGCGUUUUGUUUUAUGUUUUGGGAGCUUGGCAGCAUUCCGCCCCACUCACAAAUCUGACUCAGUCCAUCACUAAAGCAGACUGUGAUGUUUCAAAUCGUGCUGCGGUUAGUUCUAAUCCAUCAACAUCUUCAUCAUCAGUUGCCUUGGAUUUUGAUAGCCAUCAUCGGAGUCAGAUUAACAAUACUACUUCAGUUAAUGAGUUUCCACCAUGCGCCAUGUCCUUUAGUGAGUACACUCCUUGCCAGGAUACUCAAAGGGGAAGGAAAUUUGAUAGGAACAUGUUGAAAUAUAGAGAGAGGCAUUGCCCAACAAAGGAUGAAUUACUUCUUUGCUUGAUACCUGCUCCGCCUAAAUACAAGACCCCUUUUAAAUGGCCUCAAAGCCGCGAUUAUGCCUGGUAUGAUAAUAUUCCCCACAAAGAACUUAGUAUCGAAAAGGCUGUGCAGAAUUGGAUUCAAGUUGAGGGUGACCGAUUUAGAUUCCCCGGUGGAGGCACCAUGUUCCCCCGUGGAGCUGAUGCUUAUAUUGAUGACAUUAGUGAGCUCAUUCCUCUUACUGAUGGAAGCAUCAGAACUGCAAUUGACACAGGCUGCGGUGUUGCGAGCUGGGGUGCAUACCUGUUGAAGAGGGACAUUAUAUCAAUGUCUUUUGCACCAAGGGAUACACAUGAAGCACAGGUCUGGUUUGCAUUGGAGAGGGGAGUUCCUGGUAUGAUUGGUAUCAUGGCUUCACAAAGGCUUCCUUACCCAGCAAGGGCUUUUGACAUGGCUCAUUGUUCCCGUUGCUUGAUACCGUGGCAUAAAUAUGAUGGUAUGUAUCUAAUUGAAGUGGAUAGAGUUUUAAGGCCUGGUGGCUACUGGAUUCUAUCUGGUCCUCCUAUUCGCUGGAAGAAACACUGGAGAGGUUGGGAAAGAACCCAAGAAGACUUGAAGCAAGAGCAGGAUGCUAUUGAGGAUGUAGCCAAGCGCCUGUGCUGGAAGAAAGUGGUUGAAAAGGAUGAUCUUUCAAUCUGGCAAAAGCCCCUGAACCACAUUGAUUGUAUUGCAAGCAGGAAGACCUAUAAAACACCACAUAUAUGCAAAUCAGACAAUCCAGAUGCUGGCUGGUACAAAGAAAUGGAAGUUUGCAUAACUCCAUUACCAGAAGUAAGCAGCUCGGAUGAAGUAGCUGGUGGUGCUGUUGAGAAAUGGCCAGCACGUGCAUUCUCAAUCCCUCCAAGAAUUCGCAGUGGUUCAAUACCAGGAAUCACUGCUGAGAAAUUCAAGGAGGACAAUAAUCUGUGGAAGGAUAGAGUGACAAAAUAUAAGCAUAUCAUUAGUCCUCUCACCAAAGGCAGAUACAGGAACAUAAUGGACAUGAAUGCACAGCUUGGAGGAUUUGCUGCAGCCUUGGCAAAAUAUCCAGUGUGGGUUAUGAAUGUGGUUCCUGCCAAUUCAAAUCCAGACACACUUGGUGUGAUCUAUGAACGGGGUUUCAUUGGAACAUAUCAAGAUUGGUGUGAGGCAUUCUCAACAUAUCCAAGAACAUAUGAUCUCAUCCAUGCUGGUGGGGUGUUCAGUAUAUAUCAGGACAGGUGUGAUAUAACCCACAUUCUGCUGGAGAUGGAUAGAAUUCUGAGGCCAGAAGGGACAGUGAUAUUCAGGGAUACAGUAGAGGUUCUUGUGAGGAUUCAGACUAUAACAAAUGGCAUGAGGUGGAAGAGCCAAAUUAUGGACCAUGAAAGUGGACCUUUUAAUCCAGAGAAAAUUCUUGUUGCUGUCAAAACUUACUGGACUGGUGAAAAGAAGCAAAAACAAGAGUAGCCGUAGUAGUGUAAUUUCUUACUCUUCCAGAAAUCCCGUUUCAUUUCCUUUCUAUCUUGUCCUUUCUUUUUUGGUAGCCAUCAUGUUCAAUCAGAUUAUUUGUCAAGGAUAUAUAUCCUGGUGGAUGAGAAAACGGACAGGCUUUUCCUCCAUGUUAACGAAGAUAAAU